CACAGGGCCGCGAGGAGGCUGCCACGAUGCUCCCGUCUUUGCAGGAAUCGCUGGAUGGGGAUGAAAAGGAGCUGGAGAGCAGCGAGGAGGGUGGCUCUGCGGAGGAGCGGAGACUCGAGCCACCACCCAGCAGACACUAUUGCCUGUACAGCUACCGCGGAAGCAGAUUGACACAGCAUCGAGGGGAUAGUGAUGAUGGACAUUCAAGUGGAACAAAUACAGAAACUCCCUCUGGUGAUGAUUUCAGCCUCUCCUUGGUGGAUACUAAUCUUCCUUCUGAAGUGGAGCCAGAGCUGCGCAGUUUCAUUGCUAAGCGUCUUUCCAAAGGAGCAUUCUUUGAAGGGCUGGGUAAUGUUGCAUCUGUAGAGCUGAGAAUUCCCGGUUACCGGGUUGGUUGUUACUACUGCCUUUUCCAACAGGAAAAACUGCUUCCUGAAAUAGCAGCAAUGGAACCAGAACUUAACCCUUCUGAGUAUGUGGUCUGCUUCUUAGGAGGGUCUGAAAAAGGAUUGGAGCUUUUCAGGCUUGAAUUGGACAAGUAUAUUCAAGGGCUGAAAAAUAACAUGAACUGCAAGGAAAGCAGCCUGGGAUGUGAUGUCAGGUCCUACCUGAACAGCUGGUAUGAGGAUGUGGUGUGUCCAAUCCAGAGGGUGGUUCUUCUCUUUCAGGAAAAGCUGACCUUUCUGCUGCAUGCUGCUCUAAGUUAUACUCCUGUUGAGCUUAAAGAAUCAGAUGAAAAAACAAAGAGAGACAUUAACAGGUUUCUGAGUGUGGCCAGUCUCCAAGGACUUAUUCAUGAAGGCACCAUGACCUCUUUGUGCAUGGCCAUGACAGAGGAGCAGCAUAAGUCUGUGGUCAUCGACUGUAGUGGGCCCGAGCCUCAGCUCUACAAUGCAGGAAGCAACCGUUUUUGUGAGGACUGGAUGCAGGCUUUCCUACAUGGUGCUGAAGCGGGGAACCCUUUCCUUUUCAGACAAGUCCUGGAGAACUUUAAGCUAAAGGCCAUACAAGACACAAACAAUUUGAAGAGAUUUAUCCGACAGGCAGAGAUGAAUCACUAUGCUUUGUUUAAAUGUUACAUGUUCCUUAAGAACUGCGGCAGUGGAGAUAUUCUUUUGAAGAUUGUUAAAGUGGAGCAUGAAGAAAUGCCCGAAGCCAAAAGUGUGGUGGCAGUCCUUGAGGAGUUCAUGAGGGAAGCACUUGACUGAGGCGUGAGCGCGACACGGGUUAGGCUGCCUGUGUGGAACUGUAGUUGUCAUUGUUCACAGGAUCACACUGCUCCUAAGAUGACGGGAAACACGCAGGCUCUUUCUGACUUUUGUACUUUGUUUGUUUAACUUAAUUAAACACAGAAAUCCGAGAUCAUCUUCACAGAGUCCUAGGCAGAUAAUGUGUAUUACAAUUGUGGAAUUUUGCUACCUUGUUAGUCUCAUAAAUUUUUUUUUUUUUUUUUUUUUUUUUUUUUUUUUGGUUUUUCGAGACAGGGUUUCUCUGUGGUUUUGGAGCCUGUCCUGGAACUAGCUCUUGUAGACCAGGCUGGUCUCUAACUCACAGAGAUCCGCCUGCCUCUGCCUCCCGAGUGCUGGGAUUAAAGGCGUGCGCCACCAUCGCCCGGCUAGUCUCAUAAAUUUUAAGCUUAAAACAUAUGCUGCCUAAAAAACUUUGGAGGUGAUUUUUGGCUUCUCUGGAGUUUACUGUAGUAUUUAGCAGGUUUGCCUCCUACUCCUCAAGACAAAAAAAAAAAGUUCCUCUUUCUCGAUAGACCUGUGAUCCUGGUGAGAUGUGACCACACAUGCCUGUAAUCCGGCUACUCAGGAGGUGGAGUCAGGUUUCAAGUUCCAGGCCAGUGUGAGCGACAGAGUGAGCUUGUGUCCGGCUUGGACUGUAUAGCAGCCAUCAUACUGGUCUUCCGUUUCCCAUGGCUGCCUGACACACACCAAUGGUUGGCAUGAAGGAUGAAGCCACCUUAUUACAAGCCAGUAUGCAAAUAAAUCAUGAGUGUAUAAGAAUUUAAAAGUGAGGGGCUGGAGAGAUGACUCAGUAGUUAAGAGCACUGGCUGUUCUUCCGGAGGUCCUGAGUUCAAUUCCCAGCUACCACAUGGUGGCUCACAACCAUCUGUAAUGAGAUCUGGCGUCCUCCUCUGGCGUGCGGGCAUACAUGGAGGCAGAAUGUUGUAUACAUAAUAAAUAAAUAAAUCUUAAAAAAAAAAAAAAAAAAGAAUUUAAAAGUGAGCCGGGCAGUGGUGCCACACACAUGCCUUUAAUCUCAGUACUUGGGAGGCAGAAACAGGUGGAUCUCAGUAGUUCGAGGCUAGCCUGGUCUACAAAGUGAGUUCCAGGACAACCAGGACUAUUACACAGAGAACCCCUAUUUAAAAAAAUAAAAAUAAAGGAAUUUAAAAGUGAGCUGGGUGAUGGUGGUAUGCCUUUAGUCCUAGCACUUGGGAGGCAGAAGCAGGCAGAUCUCUAUGUGUUUGAAGUCAGCAAGUUCCAGCAUAGCUGGGGAUACACAGAAAAACCCUGUCUUAAAAAAAACCAAAACAAAAGUUUAAAAAUGAGCUUUAUAUUAUAUAAUACAUACUUUUGGGCUGAGAAGAUGGCUCAGAAGGCAAAGACGCCUGCCACCCAAUCUGACACUCUAUGUUCAAUCCUCAGAACCCACACAGUAGGAGAGGAUCAACUCUAACAAGUUCCCUCUGACUCCCCCCCCACCCCAUGUACAUACAAUAAAUAUAAUAAAUGGGGUACUGUUGCUUUGGAAAAGACCCAGAUUUGAUUCCCAGCACCUACAACCAUCUGUAGCUUCAAUUCCAGGGGAUUUGAUAGCAUGCUCUGACUUCCUCAGGCAUCAGACACACAUGUAAUAUACAGACCUACAUGAAGGUAAAAUACUUAGAAACAUAAAAUAAUUAAUCUAAAACCAGAAAAUAAAAGAAAUGGAGGUAUUAGCUUCAAUAUGAAGCAUUCUCUCAAAUGAAAAGCUAUGCAGAAGUGUCUACACCAUUCACAGGCAGUUAUUGCCAGGAGCCUGUAUUUUCUUCCUCCCCCCUUUUUUUAGGUGAAAAUGCUGGGGUUUUUUAACAGUAUUAAGGAAAAAAAUAGUAAACACAGUAAAUAUCCUUUACAAGCAAAUAUAAGAAUGCAAACUGGAGGGGCUGGAGAGAUGGCUCAGUGGUUUAAGAGCAUUGCCUGCUCUUCCAUAGGUCCUGAGUUCAACUCCUGGCAACCACAUGGUGGCUCACAACCAUCUGCAAUGAGGUCUGGUGCCCUCUUCUGGCCUGCAGACAUACACAUAGACAGAAUAUUGUAUAUAUAAUAAAUAAAUACAUACAUACAUACCAUAAAACUGUUGGGAAACAAAAAAAAAUUAAAAAAAAAAAAAAAAAAAGAAUGCAAACUGGAAGCCACAUGUGGUGAUGCAUGCCUUUGAAUGCAACACUCCACAAGCCAGAGGAAGUUGGAGCUCUGUGAGUUCAGGGCCAGCCUGAUUUACUGAUUUACAUAGCAAAGUUUCAGGUCAGCUGGGUCUAUAUAAUAUAGUGAGACCCUGUCUCAAUAAAUAAGCAAAUAAAGAAUAUUUAAAGAAUUUAAAAAUGCAAACAAAUUCUCCCUAUCACAAUUGCUUAUUGACCUUAGUUUGGUCCUGUGUCACAGCCUUGGAUUGUUUUACUCUGGGCUGGCCAUUUCUAAAUCCCCAUGGAUGCCAGCUGCAGCCACACACAGCGUUGUUCUGCAUAGUUCUUUAGUAAGUCCAUUUGAUCAUGAUUUUGGUUUAGGAAAUCAGAAGCCUUGUGUUCUCACUGCCUUCAGGAUGCACAGAGGAGCAGAAGCCUGUAAAACCGAGGAACUCUUAACCGCUCGUAAACCCGUUAAGAGCAGAGUUCUAACUUUCAAAGUGAUCGACAGUGGCCUUCUGCCUUCUCCUCUCCAUAAGUCAGUCUAGGGAUAUGACUCACCACGCCCUUUCUUUCCUUUAAUGAGAAAUACAAUGUAGGAUCUUCAGAAAUGCUUUCAUAUGGCUUUAAAGUUUAAUAACUUGGAUUAUAGGCAGUAUAGAAAAGAAUCUAAGUAGCGUUUUUAUAGCCGUCUGACGACUGGAUAGUCAGCAGCUCUGUAGCACUUUUCUGGACUCUUCCUAAUGCACUUAGUUGGCCACUUGGACGUCAUUUUGUAAAAAUGAGCAACAGUAGGACAUCAAUAUCUUGAAUCUAUAAAACGAAAAUCUUCAUUUUCAAACUCACAAUCAAGAGUCUGACAAAUAGCAUUUAAGAAAUAAAUGUAGGGGCUAGGGAAAUAGCUCUGUGUAAAGUACUUGCCAUGCAAACGUGAGGACUGGAGUUGACCCUCAGAGCCCAUAUACAAAAGUCAAGUGUGGUAGCAUGUGCUUGUAACCCUAGCACUGAUGAGGCAGGAGAGUCCUACUGGCCAGCCCAGCUGGAGAGAUAAUUCCGUGGAUAAAGGCCCUUGCCACCAAGUCUGACGGCCUGAGAGCUAUCUCCAGAAUCCAUGUAAAGGUGGAAGGAGAGAGCCGAGUGAUGGUGGUGGCGCACGCCUUUAAUCCCAGCACUUGGGAGACAGAGGCAGGUAGAUCUCUGUGAGUUUGAGGUCGGCCUGGUCUACAGAGCUAGUUCCAGGACAGCCAGGGCUGUUACAGAGAGAAACCCUGUUUGGAGGGAUGCGGGGAGGUGGAAGGAGAGAACCCACUCCUGCAAACUGCUCUCUGACCUCUCCACAUGCAUCCCUCAGAAUUCAUCAGCUGACAAAUAGGAAAACAAAAGGGUAAACGGUGCCUGAGGAUUGAUAUCCCAGGGUUGGCCUCUGGCCUCCAUAUGUUUGUACAUACAAACCUGAUGUGGGAGUGAUUUCUUUCUAAUCUGUUGCCUUUAUUGAUUAAUUAAUAAAGAAACUGCCUUGGCCCAUUUGAUAGGCCAACCCUUAGGUGGGCGGAGUAGACAGAACAGAAUGCUGGGAGAAAGAAGCCGAGUCAGUCAGUCACCAUGAUUCUCUCACUUCAGACAGACGCAGCAGGUUAAGAUCGUUCCUGGUAAGCCAGCUCGUGGUGCUACACAGAAUAUUAGAAAUGGGUUAAUCAAAGAUGUGAAAAUUAGCCAAUAAGAGGCUAAAACUAAUAGACCAGGCAGUGUUUAAAAAAAUACAAUUUCCGUGUAAUUAUUUCGGGUAUAAAGUUAUCUGUGUGGGAGCUGGGUGGCGGGGACGCAGCCCUGCCGCUCCAUAUUACAACACAAACCUAUACAUCAAAAAUAAUAAAAAUAAAAGCAAAUGCAUCAAAUCACUUGUGGAUAUAGGCAAAGUAUAACUGUUUAUUUGUAGGUACUUCCUUUGCAAUGUAGGCUCACUACAAUAUACAAUUGUAUAUAGUGGUCUUAUGUUUAAAAAGAAGACUGUGAUAAAUUCUGUAUCGCUAUUAAAGACAAGGAGAAAAAUGUCAUGGAAUUAUCUUGUUGGUCCUGAAAAGAAACAGCUCAUGGCCAGAAAGCUGUACUGUAUCCAAAUUUUCAUAAGUGGAUGUAUUAAGUUGUAAAGGUUUAAAAAGUGAUGUUCAGACAUGGAAUAAACUUGUAAUUGUGGGCAACACACAGGAAAUAUAUGUUUGCCUUGUAUCAAAAUUGUAACUAAUUUGUAAUAAUAAUAAAACACAGCUUCUAGGGCUGGAGAGAUG